UCUCAGGCAGGAGCAGCUCACAUGUUACUUCCUGUAUGGGAGAAUGGAAAGCGGCCAUCCCCAGCUCUCAGCCUGGAGUAAAGGCUCCCCCAGCCUGGAUUAGAGUCCCUCACACCACCAGCCUGGAUUAGAGACACCACCAGCCUGGAUUAGAGACCCCCUCACCCCUUCUUCCCUGCCUGGACACACAAUACCCCACAGCUUGGAUUAAGGUCUCCCCAGCCUGGACUGCAGUGUCCUGCAACUGGAUUAGGACAUUUCAAUCUGGACCAAAAACCUUUUUAACACACCGUUUGGACAUUAGUCUGGUUUAAAGACCCCCCAUCCCAGUCACCCCCCAGCUUGGACUUCAGUAUCUCUGGACUAUAACAUCCUGUCUGGACUAAAGACCCCUUCCCACCCCCAAGUGGGACUCCAGACUCCCCCCCCAUCCUGGAUUGGAGGACUGUCCUACCCCCCCAGCCUGGGCUAGCUGGAGCUAUCUGCAUGCAUGCAUGAGAUCCAGGACUCUCCAGCUUCCCAGAGCCUUUCUAAUAAGCAGCUAUCCAGGCCCGGAGCUCAAACUCUGCUCCUCACCCCUGCCUGUAUUCCCAGCCUGUCUCCACUACUUCUUUGGGUUAUUACCUUGGAGGUAAAGUAGUCAACAAGUUGCCCUCUGUCCUCAAUGUGCGUGUUGUCAUGCGGAGGCUACUGCAACCGUGUUGGUGGAUCUUGUUCUUGAAAAUCACCACUCCGGUGCUGCACUAUGUGCUCUGUUACCCCGCCUACACAGAGGGUAACAUUGGACCACUACAUGACAAUAGACAUGGCAGCUCAGUGCAGAUACGGAGGAGAAAGGCAGCCGCUGAACCUUACUGGUCCUACUCGGGUGUGUAUGGACCAGAACACUGGAUGAUGUCCAGCACUGAUUGCGGAGGAGCGCGUCAGUCUCCCAUUAACAUUGACGAUUUCAAUGCCAAGAUUGAAGAUGAAUACCAGGAACUUCAACUUGAAGGCUUUGAAAACGAGUCCUCUAAUAGAACCUGGAUGAAGAACACAGGAAAAACAGUUGCCAUUCUUCUUAAAGAUGAUUAUUUUAUCAGCGGUGCUGGGCUGCCAGGCAGGUUUAAGGCAGAGAAAGUAGAAUUCCACUGGGGUCAAAGCAAUGCAUCAGCCGGCUCUGAGCACAGCAUUAAUGGCAGAAGAUUCCCUGUUGAGAUGCAGAUCUAUUUCUACAAUCCUGAUGACUAUGACAGUUUCGGAGCUGCUGUAUCAGAUAAGAGGUUGAUAGCAGCGAUGUCCGUGUUCUUUCAGGCAACACAAAGAAAUAACCCAGCCCUGGAUCCCAUCAUUCAUGGAUUAAAAGGCGUUGUUCAUCAUGAGAAAGAAACUUUUUUGGACCCAUUCAUUAUGCGGGAUCUCCUGCCCGCUUCUCUUGGGAGUUUUUAUCGCUAUGCUGGCUCUCUCACCACCCCUCCGUGCAGCGAGAUUGUAGAAUGGGUUGUGUUCAGCAGGCCUGUUCUCAUCUCUUACCACCAGCUGGAAGCAUUUUAUUCCAUAUUUACCACGGAACAGCAGGACCACGUCAAGUCAGUGGAGUAUUUGCGGAACAACUUCAGACCGACGCAGAGCCUUGACGAUCGGGUGGUAUACAAAUCAGCGGUGAAAGAUGCUUGGAGUCAAGACAUGUCAGACUACCUGGACAGUCCGUAUGGCACAGAAACUUCAAAAGUUUGCAGUACCCCUCCUGUCAGCAUGAAGGUACAACAAGUGAACAAGACGGCCUUACUAGUUACAUGGAAUCAGCCAGAGACCAUAUAUCAUCCUCCAGUUACAAACUACAUGGUUUCAUACAGCUGGACUAAAAAUGAUGAAGAAAAAGAGAAGACCUUCAUUAAGGACAGCGACAAAGACUUGAAAAUCAUCAUUAACCAUGUUUCACCGGACAUCCUGUACCUAUUCAGAGUUCAAGCUGUUUGUCGAUAUGAUAUGCGCAGUGAUUUUAGCCAAACCAUGCUAUUUCAAGAUAACACAACAAGAGUAUUUGAAGGAACACGGAUUGUGAAAACAGGGGUGCCUACUGCCUCUCCAGCUUCUUCUGCUGAUAUGGCACCAAUCAGUUCCGGAUCUUCUACAUGGACUUCUUCAGGCAUUCCCUUUUCUUUUGUUUCCAUAGCAACUGGGAUGGGUCCUUCUUCCAGUGGUAGUCAGGCUACUGUGGCCUCUGUGGUUACCAGUACUUUGCUUGCAGGCCUUGGCUUUAGUGGUGGUGGUUUACCUUCCUUUCCUAGCACGGUGUGGCCUACUCGCCUUCCUGCUUCUUCAUCUGCCAGUAAACAGACUGUAAAACCUGUUGUUUCCACUACUGAACCUUUACCAUCCACAGGCUCAGAUAGUGAUGCUUCCCCAACCAAAAACAAUGAAGGAACCGAGAAUGGUGAAAAAGAUGAGAAAGGUGAAGGGGAGGAUGAUGAAAGAGACCCCGAUGAUGAAGGUAAAAAAGAAACUGAUAAAAAGGGGAAAAACACAACUACACAUUCUUCAGAGGCACAAAAUCAAACCGAGUCUACCCCAACCUCUGUUUCCAAAGAUGGAGUGGGAGAGACUGGUUCAAAUGAAACUUUAUCAGAUCCAGAACAAAAACAAAACACUACUUUAUUAGUCGAUGAUGACCAAAACUGGAACACUAGUACUGCAGGGGAUGCACUGCCAUCACAAACCACUGAAGAUUAUUAUGACCUGGACCAAACUACAAAGACACCAGGAUCAUCGUCAAUAGAUGAGCACUUUAAUGAUGGAAAAUCGUCAGACAACAGAUUCAUCACAGUUAACCCAGACCACCAUAAUGCCAGCAUGGCAAGCCGGCCAGCACCAAACAAGAUGGAAUGGAUCAUCCCACUCAUGGUGGUUUCAGCUUUAACGUUCUUGUGCCUCAUACUUCUAAUAGCUGUGCUGGUGUACUGGAGGAAGUGUUUCCAAACCGCUCAUUUUUAUGUGGAAGAUAGCAGUUCCCCGCGUGUCAUUCCCAAUGAAAAUAUUCCCAUUAUCCCAAUUCCAGAUGACAUGGAUGCAAUUUCGGUCAAGCAAUUUGUUAAACAUAUCACAGAACUCUAUUCCAAUAACCAGCAUGGUUUUUCUGAAGACUUUGAGGAAAUUCAGAGAUGCACAGUUGACAUGAACAUCACGGCGGAACAUUCCAAUCACCCAGAUAACAAGCAUAAAAACCGCUACAUCAACAUUGUGGCAUAUGACCAUAGUAGGGUGAAAUUGAGGGCUUUGCCAGGCAAAGAUUCAAAGCACAGUGACUACAUUAAUGCCAAUUAUGUUGACGGUUACAACAAAGCAAAAGCUUAUAUUGCUACCCAGGGACCUCUCAAGUCAACUUUUGAAGACUUCUGGAGGAUGGUUUGGGAACAAAACACUGGGAUUAUUGUUAUGAUAACCAACCUUGUGGAAAAGGGAAGGAGAAAAUGUGAUCAGUACUGGCCGACGGAGAAUACUGAAGAAUAUGGAAAUAUUAUCGUCACUUUAAAAAGCACAAGGGUUUAUGCCUGUUAUACUGUACGGAGAUUCACCAUUAGGAAUGUAAAAAUGAAGAAGGGCCAGAAGGGAAAUAUGAAAGGUCGUCACAAUGAGAGAACGGUUAUGCAGUAUCAUUAUACACAAUGGCCUGAUAUGGGUGUGCCAGAAUAUGCCUUACCAGUGCUGACAUUUGUACGGAGAUCCUCUGCCGCCCAACUUUCUGAUAUGGGUCCUGUCUUGGUCCACUGCAGUGCUGGAGUUGGCAGGACUGGCACAUACAUUGUGAUAGACAGCAUGUUGCAGCAGAUAAAAGACAAAAACACAGUCAACGUUCUUGGUUUUCUAAAACACAUCCGAACACAGCGUAACUACCUCGUCCAGACAGAGGAACAGUAUAUUUUUAUUCACGACGCCUUGUUAGAGGCUAUCCUUGGGAAAGAGACAGAAGUGUCUACUAACCAGCUACACAGCUAUGUGAACUCAAUCCUGACACCUACAGCGGGAGGGAAGAUAAGGCUUGAGAAGCAGUUCAGAUUGGUGACACAGUGUAAUGCAAAGUACGUGGAAUGCUUCAGUGCCCAGAAAGAUUGCAACAAGGAGAAAAACAGGAACUCAUCUGUUGUGCCAUCUGAACGUGCAAGAGUUGGUCUUGCCCCAUUACCUGGCAUGAAAGGAACAGACUACAUUAAUGCUUCAUAUAUCAUGGGUUAUUUAAGAAGCAAUGAAUUUAUUAUAACCCAACAUCCCAUGCCACAUACAACUAAAGACUUCUGGAGGAUGAUCUGGGAUCAUAAUGCACAGAUCAUAGUUAUGCUGCCAGAUAAUCAGAGCUUGGCGGAGGAUGAAUUUGUUUAUUGGCCAAGCCGUGAAGAAUCGAUGAACUGUGAGACCUUCACUGUUACCCUUAUCAGCAAAGACCGGUUGUGUCUCUCUAAUGAAGAGCAAAUUAUCAUCCAUGAUUUUAUACUUGAAGCAACACAGGAUGACUACGUUUUGGAAGUACGUCACUUUCAGUGUCCAAAAUGGCCUAACCCUGAUGCUCCAAUAAGCAGUGCAUUUGAACUGAUUAACGUGAUAAAGGAAGAAGCUCUAACGAGAGACGGACCUACCAUUGUGCACGAUGAGUUUGGCGCAGUUUCAGCAGGAACCCUCUGUGCUCUUGCUACAUUAUCCCAGCAGUUGGAAAAUGAAAAUGCUGUUGAUGUAUACCAGGUAGCCAAGAUGAUAAAUCUCAUGAGGCCAGGAGUAUUCACAGAUAUUGAGCAGUACCAAUUCCUCUACAAGGCAAUGCUAAGCUUGAUCAGUACUAAGGAGAACGGAAAUGGACCCAUUUCAUUGGAUAAAAAUGGAGCCACGCUGGUCAGUGACGAAUCGGACCCAUCACAAAGCAUGGAGUCACUGGUUUAAAUGGACCCCCAAAAAAGGCACUACAUUUGUAAAACUUCUGACCUUCUGAAAAUAGUGGACUUUCUGAGGCCUUUUUUUGCAAGACUAUAGGUUAUACAAUAAGUAAAUUACUUUUCUACACUGAUAAGAAAAUUUUUUGAUAUUUAUUUUUUGCCAUUUUAUGUCUUAAUGGUAUCCUACUGAGCAUUCGGGCCUCUGUUUAUCUCAUGCCAUAAUCCACACUUUACCCUGACUUUGCACUAUUUGAUCAGUGUUACUGCCUACCCCGCCUUCAGACCUGACAUCACAUUCCGUAAACCCAUAAUCCAUACGCACACAUUUAUCUUGGGUUAAGCUGCCGAUUUUUAAAAUUGUACCGCUAAUUAAACGCGAAACCAAUUUUUUAUAAUGAAUCCUUUUAA